CUGACUGAUUCCUCUUCAACUCAAUCAAAAUCUCUGUCCUUGUCACCCUGUUCGAGGAAGAUGACAUGGAUACUUCGAAUGAACCAGAUUCCGUCCAUCGAGUCUUAGACUUGUACAAGGAUGAUAAGGUAUUCUCGUAUGCAAGCUGUAGCAACGAAGAUCUGGUGCUGGAUACAGGGGGACUACGAUGCGCAGAGAUGAUCGAAGUCAUACGCUCAGGCAGUGCGCCUUCAAUACCAGAGCUGUUGUCUUUAGACAAUUUAGUGGAACAAACACAACACGUUAUGGAUCGCUGUGAAGCUGAUUUAGACAAAUUUCGCUCCCUCACGGCUGCCAUGGAGAGACGUUGCAGCCGUCUGAGCAUAUACAAGGCUGGGAUUCUUUCUUUAAAGGCACCUAUCCGCAGGCUUCCCUUGAAAAUACUAGGCGAAAUUUUCCAAUUCAGCUGUUGCAGUGACGUUAGCGACAACACCGUGGCAAAAGAGGACAAGAAACAUUGUUCUCCGAUGGUGACGUUGGCUCUCAGCCAAGUAUGUAGCCAAUGGCGUUACUUGGUCGUUUCGAUGCCGGAAUUGUGGUCUGGCUUCAGGUUAAAUCUUGGACAAAUGGCACCCCUUCAUCCAAUCAUAUCCCUCUACCUUGACCGAUCUCGCUCUCAUCCCAUCGAUUUCAUCUUGGACGGCGGUUCCAGCAAAGCAAGUACCUACGUUUAUCCAGAUUUCCUCUCGACUCGGAAUACUGAGAGAUGGAAAUCUGCCAUUCUCGACGCAUCCCUGAUCCUUCCAUCUUCGUUAUUGGUUUCUCCCUUUUUAUUUUCCCCACAAAGAUCAUUCCCGGAAUUGCUCAACCUUGAAUUACAUAGUCCGUUUGACCUGUCACGAUUUCCCCUUACUUUCCAAAUAUUUUGCCCGAAGCUUCGGUCUUUAGUCCUAGAAAAUGUCGAUGUUAGCGUGCAGUUCACGCAACCCCUUGAGGCUCUCGAAUACGCCAGUCUACGAGGAUUGUUUCCUCAUCAUAUCUAUCGGAUCUUUCAGUGCCUUCCAAAUGUCCGGAACAUCACCCUUCGAGCUAUUUCGGACAUCCUGAACCAACCGUCUCAGUGGCAACCUAUCAAUUUACGUUGUACAGAGAUCUUGAAGCUCUAUGCGACGGUGGAUUCCUCAUUCAUGUCCUCGAUGUUGGAUAGUUUUACUAUGCCAGCACUCACUGGCCUUGACUUGGUCGCUCCAACAGACUCUGAAUGCCCACAUUUCAUCUCCUCACUAUCCUCUAUGUUUUCCCGAAGUCGGACCUCGUUAACCCGUCUCUCGUUUCAAGGAAUCACUUUCACUUACCGCGAAAUCACGCAGCUCCUUCAUAUUUCUCCAACACUGACGCAUCUGAUCUGGAAGAGAAGUACCUUCCAACAACAUGACCUGGUUGUAGGGCGCCUGUUACGGGCCUUAACGCCUCCAGUCGAUCGUUCUAAUUUGCGGUCGACUCCCGUCGAGAAAUAUCCAAAUGAGCGUUUCAUCGAGCAACAAUACCUGCUUCCGGAUCUGGAAGAACUUGAUGUGACAAUUUGGUCUCAGCAUGUUCCAUUGCUGGUUAAUGUCCUCCGCUUUCGAAAGAAAUAUCGUUCGCAGGGCAAAUCCUUGCAAAGGUUGAUAGUACAUAUCCGUAAACCCCCCACUCAAACUUUCUCAGAGCUUAUGGGUGCUAAAGAGAGUCUAGCGAGAAUUCGGGAAGGGGGUAUGAAUGUACAGAUAUCGUAUUCACUCUCGAAAUAGAAUAUCGUAUUUGAGUUGAUGGUCAUGAUUUUAAGCAAGCCAUGGGAGAGUCGUGACUACGGCGUACCCGAACAGUAAUUCACUGCGGGGAUGAGCCGAUUUCCUCGAGGCGAAAAUGUGGGUUUUAUCUCGAGGUUAUGUACAAAAA